GUGUUACACACGGCAGAAGGGAGACAGCCCUGGGUGGGCCUGGCCUAAUCAGGGGAGUCCUUUAAAAGGAGAGAUUUUCUCUGCCUGGUUACAGGAGUUGGAAGGCAGCACUCUGGCUUGCCUGAAAGAAAGUCCGUCCUGUGAACUGCCUCUGGGGCCAUGUGGCAAAAAAUGUCUGGGGACUGCUGGGAUCUGAGAUUGAUUGCCAGCCGGCAGCUAGCAGGAAAAGGGAGACCUCAGUCCUACAACCACAAAGAAAUGAAUUCUGCCAAUGGUCUGUGAGCUUAGAAGAAAACCCCAAACCCCCGAUGAGAACCUCAACCCUGGCCGAAACCGUGGCCUUAGCCUGACAAGCCUCAGCUGAAAUCCCUCUGUAGGGGGAUCCCCGUCGCCUAAGCGCGCCCUCCUGCCCGGGACCCUGACUCGGGAGGAUGCCCUGGCUCUUGGGACCGGGCUCCAGACACCACUACCACCCAAUCAAGUCAAGAAUAGAAACCACCGCCUCCGGCUGCCCGCGGCCUCCCUCCCUCCCCCGGCAGCGAUCGAUGCGUCCUCAGCGGCGGGGACGGAGGCGGACAAGGAGCAGGGAGGAGGGUGCAGCGGGGCCUCAGACAGCAGCGGGGCCGCCGGGACAGAGAAGAGCCCGAGCACAGCCAGGGGCUCCCCAGCCUCGGCGCUUUCGGGAACACACGCACAGGGCGCCCCGGAGGGCCCGCGACAGGUGAUGCUGAUGCUGCUCGUGCGGGGAACACACUUUGAGAACAACUGGUCUAAACUGAUCCCCCCAGCUGCCCCUGAUGGUGGGAGCACUGGAGCCACGGUGAGCGAGCCCCCGGUGCCCGACUCCGGGGUGCCCGACCCCGGGGUCCCCUGGCGGCGGAGCGACGAGGCGCUGCGCGUGAACGUGGGCGGCGUGCGGCGGCGGCUGAGCGCGCGCGCCGUGGCGCGCUUCCCGGGCACGCGGCUGGGCCGCCUGCAGGCCGCGAGGUCGGAGGAGCAGGCGCGGCGCCUGUGCGACGACUACGACGCGGCGGCGCGCGAAUUCUACUUCGACCGGCACCCGGGCUUCUUCCUGAGCCUGCUGCACUUCUACCGCACCGGCCGGCUGCACGUGCUCGACGAGCUGUGCGUCUUCGCCUUCGGCCAGGAGGCCGACUACUGGGGCCUGGGCGAGAGCGCGCUGGCCGCGUGCUGCCGCGCGCGCUACCUGGAGCGGCGCGUGACGCGGCCGCGCGCCUGGGACGAGGACAGCGACACGCCGAGCAGCGUGGACCCGAACCCCGACGAGAUCUCCGACGUGCAGCGCGAGCUGGCGCGCUACGGCACUGCGCGCUGCGGCCGCCUGCGCCGCCGCCUCUGGCUGACCAUGGAGAACCCGGGCUACUCGCUGCCCAGCAAGCUCUUCAGCUGCGUCUCCAUCGGCGUGGUGCUCGCCUCCAUCGCCGCCAUGUGCAUCCACAGCCUGCCCGAGUACCAGGCCCGCGAGGCGGCGGCCGCCGUGGCCACGGUGGCCGCGGGCCGCAGCGCGGAAGACGUGCGCGACGACCCGGUGCUGCGACGCCUCGAGUACUUCUGCAUCGCCUGGUUCAGCUUCGAGGUGUCGUCGCGCCUCCUGCUGGCGCCCAGCACGCGCAACUUCUUCUGCCACCCGCUCAACCUCAUCGACAUCGUGUCGGUGCUGCCCUUCUAUCUCACGCUGCUGGCCAGCGUGGCGCUGGGGGGCAACAGCCACGGCGGCACGGGUGGCGAGGAACUCGGCCACCUGGGCAAGGUCGUGCAGGUGUUCCGCCUCAUGCGCAUCUUCCGUGUGCUCAAGUUGGCGCGCCACUCCACCGGGCUGCGCUCGCUGGGCGCCACGCUCAAGCACAGCUACCGGGAGGUGGGCAUCUUACUGCUGUACCUGGCCGUGGGCGUGUCGGUGUUCUCCGGCGUGGCCUACACAGCUGAGAAGGAAGAGGACGUGGGCUUUAACACCAUCCCAGCCUGCUGGUGGUGGGGCACAGUGAGCAUGACCACCGUGGGCUACGGGGACGUGGUGCCGGUGACAUUGGCUGGCAAGCUGGCGGCGUCGGGCUGCAUCCUAGGGGGCAUCCUGGUGGUAGCGCUCCCCAUCACCAUCAUCUUCAACAAGUUCUCCCACUUCUACCAGCGCCAGAAGGCUCUGGAGGCAGCCGUGCGCAACAGUGGCCACCGAGAGUUCGAGGACUUGCUGAGCAGUGUUGACGGGGUGUCAGACGCGUCUCUGGAGACAUCCAGAGAGACCUCUCAGGAGGGAAGGUCUGCAGACCUGGAGGCUCCCAGUGAGUCUCAAAAGCCACAGAUUUAUUAAAACCAGGGCUCCAUGACCCCUUCCCCUGCCCCUGCAGUCAGCUGGAACGGAGCAGAGAUUCCUCCCCUCUUAAGUUUUUCGUGGUAGUGAACCUCUCAUGCUGGCCUGAGAAAUGAGACUCAGAAGCUGCAUACCUUCCUCCCAAGGCCCGGGGCAGGAGAUGGUGAUACCUAGAUUCUGCGAGAUUCUGAGAGCAGCCUGGAAGCCGUCCAUGAAGCAGGCAUGAGCUGGAGGGACAAAGUCGAAAGGAUGCCAGUGAUUCCUGAGCACCUCCUAUAUAUUCGCCAGUGGUUGGCCCUGUGUUGGUUGGAGGAUGAGAAUUAUCCCCAUUUCACUGAGGAGGAAGCUGAGGCUCAGAGGAGCAAUGACUCACCCAAACCCACACAAUAGAAGGGGCAGAGUCAAGUUUGGAAUCCAGGCUUGUUGGCCUGCUGGAACCAGUGCUCCAUCAACCCCCUCUUUCUUCUGACCUCAUGAGGUUUGCAUGAGGUUUUAGGGGGUUCCUGGAUCCCCAAAGUUGAUCCCUAGGGUGAGAGGCCCCUUUCAGAGUAAGAGAAAGGACCAAACAGGAGAUUUGGAUGAAUGACACCUGGACCUCAGCUAUGGUUCUUUUCUAGAAACUUCUGUCAAGAGUCAGCUGUCAAAGAUGAGUCUCGGGAGGGAGAAGGGAACUGCCUCUUCAGCUGAUGUGCAAGAUGUGCUAAGCAAUACUGUCCCGCACCUGCCUCCCAGGGCUGACUUGACUUAAAGAAAAUCCGAAAGGGCUCGAGGCCUCAAGUCUGGACCCAGCUGCACCAGGACCUGCUGUGUGAGGUGGGCCACUCCCUGCCCGUCUCCAGAUUCCAGCCCAUCUGUCUAAUGGUCACAGUCUAUGACCCAGAGUGAGAAGAAAGCUAAGUGGAGCAGAGGGGACACUGAAUUCAAGCCAGCCCAGCUCAGAAAUGUUGGUGGCAGGGGGUCUGCCAUGCAUGGACACCUGCCUCCCACACCCCUCCAGUCUGACUUUGGCAGUUCCCUCCUGCCCACCACACAGACCCCCAGCCCUGCCUCGAGUGGCCAUCCAGGCCAACACUUGAGACUUUGGGUCACCUCCAGCCCCUCCUCCUUGCUGGGGCCCAGCUCUCACACUCACCUGGCGAGUCCUCUCUCCACUCGCCGCGAUGGUUGGGGGAGGAGUUCCCGUAACCCUUUUCACAUGCUGUGGCUACAGCACCCAGCGCUAUACUGUCGCUGCCUGGCUGUGGCUCUUGCCCAUUGCACUGAGCCUCAAGACGGAAGACGUUGUCGGAACCCCAGGUUUGGUGCAGAGUGGAGACGCUUAGUAAACGUCGAGUAGGUCAAUCAAUUCGUAUGGCCUCCUGGGUUCCAAGCACGGAGAGCGAAGAGGAGUAGCAGAGAGAGACCCAGUCCUCAAAAGGGUGCGAACAAGACUGCAAUGGAGGCCCUCUCAGCUCUGCCUCCCCUGUCCCUGCUUAGUUCUUGAAGUUUCUACAAUGACGUCCUUGUAGAUUCUUCACUUACUCGUUCAACAAAUAUCUAUUGGAAGGAUCUAAAGCGAGGGCUUCACAUGUGGCCUGCAGACAUGUUUUAUUUAGCCGAACAGUAUUUUUAGUAUAUCUUAAAAAUUUGAAUUCCUUUGGGUGAGGCAUGCACUCUCCCGCUCCCCAUAGCGUCUUGCCUGCCUGCUACCCACACACAAACACGCACACGCACACUGCUGUGUUAUGCCCAACCACUCCUCAGAUUUACUUUACCCAUCUGGCCUCUGAUUUACUGACUGCUCAAGAGAUACAGUAGUGGAUAAAAUAUAUAUCCCUAUACUCGUGAAGCUUGGACUGGUAGGGAAGACGACCGUUAAUGCAAUAAUCCCAUAAAUAUAUAAUGGUGCGGUCUAAGUACAAGGAACUCUAAGUGUGUAUAAUGUAGGAGGGACCACUGCACACGCAAGAAGGUCAGAGAAGGUUUUCCCAAGCAAGUGACGAUCCAACCCGCUGUCAAAAGGAUAAGUAGCUAAUUAGACAAAGGG